AUGCACAGGAGACGCACAAACUUGUCAUCAGUGUUCCACAUAGAUGAUGAUAGUGGUGGUGGUCCAUCAACAUCAUUCGCAGAGCGAGAAAUUCACUCGCAAGACAACCUGUUGCGUAUGGACUUUUCAGAGAAGAACACUUGCUUCGCCGACGAGCUGAAAUUAUGGGGAUCCCAGCGCGGAGAUCACUCUCUGAUCCAGAAGACCAUCAAUUUUAUGCCGUCUCGCUUCAAGCGGCAACUAUCGCUAGAUUUCCGUCUUUCUGGCGGUCGGCAAAACGAUGUCGACAACUUGGCCCAGCAAAUGGAGCAAAACAAUCAAUUAAUGGCUGAUAAUCCACUAUCGCGGCACCUCAGAAUCGAGACAAUCAGAUCCCUCCCACAGACAAUCAACAUCAAGCGAGAGAUCAGAACAAAACUCUCCACUUCGGCUAGGAACAGAACGGAUUCCAGAGCAAUAAGCCAGUGGCAGAGAUUCAAGUACGGCUAUAGAAUUCUGCGAACGCGCCUGGGUGCUUUCCUUGCUGACACACUCACCAACCUGGAGAUCUGGUAUGGAUCAAUGAGGAACAUUGAGGGCCACUUCGGGAGCGGCGUGAGUGCCUACUUCAAAUUCCUUAGGUGGCUCUUCAUCUCCUACUGCAUCGUGGCGGUUCUAUGCUUUGGAUUUAUUGUCUUGCCACAAUUGCUGCUAAAUAAGCAUCGUGGAGGCUUCAAACCCACCACAAUGUUCAAGUUUCUUGACAUUUUCACUGGAGAGGGCUACUUGACCACCACCGUCCUCUUUUACGGGGGAUAUUCGAAUGAAACCAUCAGUAUUAUACCAAAGAAUGACUACAAUUUGCCAAUGGCGUAUUUUCUCACUAUGAUUUGUGUGUAUUUGAUAACAUUUGUGAUAAUGUCCGUGUCAAUGGCGAGGUCAUAUCGUCGGACCUUUAUUGAAGCAAGCGGAAUAACGUCCACAUAUGCGGACAAGAUAUUCUGCGCUUGGGAUUUUGGCAUAUCCAAUGAAAAGAUGGCUCGCCUGGCACACAAGUCGUUGUUCAAUGAACUUAGAGAGAUGCUGAGUGAGUUGGAAAUGCCGCAAAUUGAGCAGACACUGAUUCAGAAGUUCUGGAGUGUGGCGCUUAAGGUGUCAUCGCACUUUUUGAUUCUCUUCAUGCUUGCCGGCCUUGGUGUGGGCAUGUGGACGAUGCUGAGGCACUUUGAUGCGGCUGAGGAUGUCACGAGAUCAUUCUCAUACCUCUACUUGCCCAUUUGUAUUAACUUUAUCAUGUUGGCUAUGCAGAUGAUCUUUGGGUACAUUGCGAGGAUGGAGGGAUACAAAUCGUCCAGAACAAGAAUUCACAUCACACUGAUGAGGAAUUUCCUACUGGAAGUUGUAAUCAUUGGUGUUCUGCUGGGAUACUGGAUUUCACAUGCAAAAACUCAGUGUUGGGAAACUGCAAUUGGUCAGGAGAUUUAUCGGCUUGUUAUUGUGGACUUUGUCAUAUCAAUUGCUGGUGUGACACUGUAUCAAAUCGUCAAAUCUAUCCUGUCGAAAUCUUUCCCGGCCAUUGGGGCGCCAGAAUUUGAUAUAUCCCAAGCCAGUCUUAGUCUUGUAUUCAACCAAACCCUCUUCUUCAUUGGACUGCUUUACUCGCCAAUUCUUCCUGUGAUUGUCAUCGUCAAGAUGAUCCUCAUGUUCUACAUUCUCAAGGCGAUUCUCAUCAAGUACUGCAAGCCACCGGCGAAAUUGUGGAAAUCCACACAGACUCACACGCUUUAUCUUGUGAUGAGUUUUCUUUCUCUAUUGGGCGUGCUUGUGGCUAAUGGAUAUGUCAUGACUCAAGUCAAAGUGAGUCAAACGUGUGGACCUUUCCGUAAUUUCAAUUUUAUGUAUGAGAUCGUUACGCAAAAUAUCGCUAAGCUGACUAAAGAACAUCUCUUCUGGAGGAUUGUUGUCUCAAUAACUCGUCCGGCAUUUGUUGGAGGCAUUCUAUUAGGAAUGUGCGUUAUUGUUUACUAUUUGCGCUCCAAAUCACGUGCUCGGAUCGGCAUGGUGAAACUCCUGAAGGAGAUGCUUUACAUGGAAGCGAGGGACAAGGAAUUCCUCCUGGGUCACAUCAUGAAACUGGCCCAACAGUCUGACGGCCACGCCGAAUAAUGCGGAGACUGAACUGUAAAAUCGAGUCUAAAAUCAAAUGUAUUUAUUGUGGUGGAGGUAAUCUGUUUAUUUAAAUUAUUAUUCUUUAGCAAAAUUUAUGCUUCUCAGAGAUUUCAGCCAAUUUUAUUUGAAAUGCAAUAAAAUACCUAUUGAAAAUGAGAGUGAGUCAAAGUGUAUCUGGAUUUUGAGGGCCACUCAAGAUGAUUAGAUUAGAUGAGGUGUAAAACAGGUGUUCGGGAAGACAAGAUAAAAGCAUUCAAUUGGGUGGCAAUUGAGCGCUAAAUUGG